GUUGUGGGGACUGUGUCUGUGUGGAGAGUUAUCGUUUGGGAGAUACAUCAGAUAAUGGUAUGACUUUAAUCUACAUUAGAAGUACGGUCCAAUCGGCUGCUCUCCUGUAUAAACCGUAAUGAAUUUCACUGCUGGAAUGGAGAAUUUCAGCCUCACCACUACAAAUGACUCAGACAAACCGUGUUAUCCAGCUGACUACCCCGAGGAGAGGAAACCCUUUUUCUUUCUGUACCUGGUCAUCAUUAUCAUCGGGAUUCCAUCCAACUCCUUCUCCCUCUAUGUGUCCUGGCAGCACAUCAGACAGAGGAACGAGCUGGGUGUUUAUCUGUUUAACCUGGCCCUGUCUGACCUCCUAUUCACCAUAGGUCUGUCUCUGUGGGUGGACUUGCAUUGGCGCGGUGUCUGGCUUCGCGGGGAGGCUGUGUGCGUCAUCUCUGUCAUCCUCCUCUUUACAAACUUCUACACCAGCGAUGGGCUGCUUUGCUGUAUCGCCUUGGACCGUUACCUAGCUGUGGUCCACCCGCUGAAAUACCCAGUCCUGAGAAGGCUGAACACAGCCAUUAUGAUCAGCGUGGCUAUCUGGAUGCUGGUGAUCUCCUUCAACGCGGCCACAAUCACCUGGAUAGACUCGUACGACUUGGAGGUCUUCGACAUGUACCCUCUGAGGGACAGGCUGGUGCAGGUCAACUUGACUCGCUUUGUCCUGGGUUUCCUGUUUCCUGUCCUGCUGGUGUCGUUCUGCUGCCGGGGCAUCUGUGUAGCGGUCCGCUCCAACCGGGCCACGGAGGAGCAGGAGAGGAGACGGGUGUCAAGACUCCUGGGGGUGGUGCUGCUCACCCUGGGGCUCUGCUACGGACCCAUCCACGUUAUUAUGCUCCUGUGGGAUCUUCUGGAGCACUGUCGGAGACCCUCCUGGCUUUUCCUGCCUUAUAAGAUCAGCAUGGCCAUGUCAGCCCUAAACAGCCUGGCUGACCCCUUCCUCUACUGUUUCAUCACCAGACUGGGCAAGGCCAACAUCACACAGGUGGUACACUUCCUCCAGGGGAGGAGAGAGGGGACCGGUCAGGCGGUGGUGUAGUGUAGUGAUACUCAACCACAAACCAGAACAUUGGAGGAGUUAAGAGAGAGACUUAUACUGUUUUGUGAGUGACAAAUAUUGACUCGUGCUUUGUCAAGACUCCAUUCCAAAAUGUACUAUGUGAAGGACUGUUAGAUUAUACCAACGUAGAUACAUACUGUGCUGUGGUUUGGAUCAUCGUGCCAGGCUAUCACUACUAAGACGUGUUUUUCUGAAAGGAACCGUUCAGGGCUAAUGUGACUGCGUUCAUCCCUCCUCGUGACACUACAGAAGGAUGAACUUCAUUCCACUUUCACUUCAGGUUUUUGUCUUGCUGUUAAUACAUUUACAGACUAGUGUUUCAGAGGAGACCAAGUGUACUAAUAGCACCAAAAAUAGAACUGGACCACAUUACUCGGUCAGCAUUCUUAUUGGACCAAAUCCUUGUCAAAACUGUCAACCUUCAUGAUGUGCCAGUGUUUUUGCUUAUUCAUGUCAAAUGUAACACUGGCAGUAGAGCAGCAUGUAAACUGUGGUAUCGGAAGCCAUCAAGUAGCAGCAUUGGGAAAGCAGUGGAAUCUCUAUUUGUAUGUAUUUGGCACCCUCUUCUUGUCUAUAUGUGCAGCCACUACACACUGGAGGCAAAGACUCUAAAACAAGGUAAGCUGCCUGACAGCUGCUAUCAACCAGAAUCAUGUAAUUUCAUCUGGAUGAUAUACUGUCCCACAGGUUAUAAAUUGGCAUUUUAUUUGCCCCGAGGAUAUCCUCAUACAUUGUAGUGGCUGUGACCCCACUCUCCGAGGGUGUCUCAGGGGGAGUUGGGAUAUGCAAAAAACACAUUUCCAUUUCAGACAUGAGUAUAAUACACACUUGAAGCACCCACCAAAUGAGUAUUAUAGUGGAGUUGUGGUCCACUAUAAGGCCACUAUCAUCUUGGUAUACACUGAGUGUACAAAUCAUUAAGGACACCUCCUCUUUCCAUUACAUAAACUGUCCAGGUGAAUGCAGGUGAAUGCUAUGAUCCCUUAUUAAUGUCACUUAUUAAAUCCACUUCAAUCAGUGUGGAUGAAGAGGAGGAGACCGGUUAAAGAAGUAUUUUUAUCCCUUGAAACAACUGAGACAUGGAUUGUGUUCAGUGGCAAGAAAAGUAUGUGAACCCUUUGAAA